ACAAAGAAAAAGGUUGAGAGCAACAUGUGUUUGAAAAUCGUUUCUUUGUGCAUCAUUCUUGGCUUGGUGUCAUCACAGGAGAUGGAAAAUGAAGUUGCAGGCAAAAGUCGACAAUCCUAUCUGCCGAACAACAACAGCCCCCCUUUAAAACAAAUGCAACAAUCCGUAGCCAUGCCUGUCUGUCCCUGCUCCACUGGAUCAAACAGUUACUUGCUCUGGCUCAUCUUUGCAAUCAAUUUAGCCCAGAUCUGUUUCAUUUCAUAUUGGUCUUACUCAAAGUGCAAACCGAAAGCGGUGACUGCUGAGACAAAAAAGGAACCUGAGCAGCCAAAGGCUAACGUCAAGAGUCAAACCGAGGAGAAAAAUUGUGUCGACAAUCCGGCUUGUACGGUGGAAAUUUGCGAAGCAGUAGAGAGGAGCAAUGUGUACGAUGAAGUAGGGGUGAAAAAUAAUCAAGAGAGGAAGUAUUUGCAGCCAGUAGGGCCUGACUACGUGGAAAUGAAGUCAAACAUUGUUUACUCUAAUCUCAAGAGGAUUUGAAAAAAAAAUAUGUCACAGAAAAGAAAAAUAAAUGCAUGUAUGUAUUAAGAUUGUAAUUUUCCUCUCGUUUGAAUAACAUCAUC